AUGGAGACCGCGGCGGAUGUAAUUCAGCGGCCCGUCCCUCCCCUCACCCAGAUUAAUGGUACGCGCUAUGUCUCCAACUCAUCUGAGGUUAUCUCGUUACGGUUUUUCCAUGAAUGGCAGAGCUUUGACCAGGAUGUUCUCGAAGCAUCUUAUUCUUUAGAUCUUAGCCAUCCUGUGCCUUACACGGAUGAUGUGUCAGAAAGCUACGUCGUUGGAAGCGAACUUGGUUUGACCGGAAGGUUCUGCAAGAAUGUCUGUGACCCAGUUUCGAAAGUAUUUGCCAAUACUUGCCUCUCCCACUUGAAGUUUGGUGAUUAUCAGUCCUCUGCAGGGCCAACGGACACGAGUCAAGUGCCUGAUAUCACAAUGUUCAACACAACGGGACCACCUCGCCCAGCGGCUGUCGGAGAACUUAAGUCUUUCUGGACAGUUGAACUUGAGGACUAUUCCAUUCGCGAAGGCUAUCAACGGUUAAUCGGCGUCCAGCAUCACUUUGCCCAACUCGUCAAGUACAUGCGGUCGAGUAAGCUUAAGUUUGGAUUUUUGUCGACAUACGAGUGGACGGUCUUCAUCCGCAGAACGGCUCCUUACCACUUUGACAUGUCGUUACCGAUUGCAAGAGAUGCAUCGAACCCCAGUCUCCGGCAAUGCUUCUUGGCGCUAGGUGUAGUGGCUUCCAAAAAUUGGAAAUUUAUUGAACCCCCUGACUUCAACAUCGCCCAGCUUCGCGUUCCGACAGGUCCUUCACUCCAAGUGUCCAUCCGUCCAUCCGCUUUCCGGAACCAAAUCGGUACCAAGGAGGAGAUAUCGGACAUGCUUGGCUCGUCAUCAAUCCUUUACGGGGCUGAUGACGGUAUUGCAACGACGUUCGUAAAUUGCAAGAGAAUUAUCCAGCAAUCCUCCGCCAAGGCGAUUUAUGAAGUCACAUGGGAUGGAAAACCAGCCAUCGCGAAAUGCUGGUCACCGUCUGGAGUCGAACGGUUUGCUGACGAAGCGAGGACGUAUGAGAAUAUCCAUGCGCAACGUCCAGCUGGUUUCGAUUUUUUCCCCUCACUACUAAGCAUCGGCAAGAUCUGUUGCUCUUCGAUCCGUCCCCAGGGUUAUAUCAUUGUGAUGACAAAGGUUGAUGGGGAACGGCUCGAUAAACAAUGGCACCUACUUUCUGGAAGCAUCAAGGAGCGCAUACGUUUAGAGAUUUACAAGGCUAUCAAGGUCCUCAGGCGAGCUUCAACCAUUGUUAUCGACUCCGGGAUGCAUAAUGUCUUGUAUGAUCCGGAAACUAAUGCUGUAACAAUGGUGGAUUUUGAGUUGAUGCAAGCAUGUGAGGCGGACACCAUGAGUCCUGACGAACCAGAGAUGUUUUCCAUAUUCGGGCAUCGCCCUCCGCGCUUACAGGUUCAUCACGAGGGUGGUUAG